AUCUGAUCAAGAGCAGACAGCAACACAGAAAGCUGCUGAUUCAGCUACGGGUUCUCAAGGAUUUCAUUUGUUUAAGAAAUUAAGUGAGAUUCCAAGCAAUGACAAGAAGUCUCACAAUGCUUCAAGUAAGCAGAAAGAGGCCAUAAAUGCCAUCCACAGAACUCCAAAGGAUCUUCAUCUUUUAGGAGAAUGUCAUUCUCAACCAAGUGCUAACAUCAGUAGAAAUAGUAUGCAAUUCUCAGAACAAAAGUUCCUGGAUGCGGGGUCUCUUCAAAAUGCGAUUGGUGCCGAGGUUCGAGGUAAAGUCGACGGGGCAUUUGACUCGGGUUAUCUAAUGACUGCAACAGUCAAUGGAAAGUUAUUCAGAGGAGUCUUGUUUGCACCAGGACUUGGACCCAUCCCGAGAGGUCCGAUUCUUGCACAGAAUCCACACAUGGCUUUGGCUCAACCAUUGCCGAAUCACUCGAACCACCUUGAACCACGCGUCAGGCUUUUCCAGCAGCCAAUGAAGAGCUCCAGUUUGGGGCCUGGCCAGAGCUUCCCGCAUCAAGUGGCCCGUCCGUUCCCAGUCUUCAGAGCCAGUUCGUCAAAUAUGCCUAAAGAACCAAGCCUUAGAAGUGAUCUUCAAGGUGUGGUUUUAACGCUGGGAGGACCUGGCAGCAGCCAGCAUUAGCUGGAAUUUUCAGUUUUUUUUCCCCUUUCAUUUGAAGUUUUGUAAAUCUUUGGAUAUGUAGUUUUUUUCAGUUAUUUUUUUUUUUCUGUUCCAAAAAUUCCC